UUUCGAACACCGCAAUAAAAAAAACGAUGAAUGGGCUCUUUUUUUUUUUUUUUUUCUUGUCCUUUCAUUUUGGAAUAUCAUGUCCUAUAACGAUAAUGCUUCAUCUAUACUAGCUGCUGUGACAAAGUCUUUUGAAUCCGCUGCAGAUAAUACCACGUCUUCUUCAAUACAGUCUUCCGAUGAUUAUUCUUAUGCAAUUAUUUCAAACAAUUCUAUUGAUCUAUCUACCUUAAAACAAGAAAAGGACGAAUACCAUAGUAUCAAAGAGGAUGAAUCAACAACUCAUUCAAGUAGACUACAACGAUCUCUUGUACGACCGGUGUUUCUUUAUGGACUUGGUUUUUUGUUACUCUUCUUGGUGAUAGGAUAUACAAUAAUGAUGGUGAUGACGAACCCCAGUGAAGAGACAACAGUCAUGAAAAGCAAUGUAACACCUUUACAACAAGGUCUUCCAAGGAGGAUGCUCAAUCAAGUAAACAAUAUGAAAACAUGGAUGGAUGAUGGAAAACCGAUGUAUAUCACAAGGAUGUUACAGGAUAGUAUCACGACACGGAUAGAUACUCAACGUAGCCAAUUUUACCAAUGGAUGGAACUACAAUAUGGUGCAAUCACGACUAUACCACGAUACCUUAUCGACCUUUGGUACUAUUUCAUCAAACCAGCUGACAUUCUUUCAUCAACAUCAACAACAUGUAACGUAUUAUCAUCAUGAUGGGAACAAGAUAUACUUUUUGGUGUGGCCGGUCUUUACCAAAUUAGUGAAUUAUUGUUGGGGCAUCUUUUUUUUUUUUUUUUUUGUUUGGAUGAUG